AUGAGAAAUAAACUGUCUGCCGUAUAUAGUGUUUUGUUUGUGUUUUGGCUAGGUUUAGGAAACUUCCUAGCCCGAAGUGCUCAACAUGAUAAAAGAAAUGAUAACGGGUGGUGGAAAUCAGCUGUAUUCUAUCAAAUCUAUCCGCGAUCGUUCAUGGAUAGCAAUGGUGAUGGUAUAGGCGAUUUGUGUGGCAUCACGUCACGGUUAGGUUAUUUGGAUCUUCACAACAUAACCGGGUUCUGGCUAUCACCAAUAUUCGCAUCGCCGAUGGCUGAUUUUGGUUACGACAUAUCGGAUUACUACAAAAUUCAACCAGAGUAUGGCACCAUGGCUGAUUUCGACGCAAUGUUAAAGAAGGCUAACGAUUUGAAUAUGGAGGUAAUUUUGGACUUCGUGCCCAAUCACACCAGCGAUGAGCACGAAUGGUUUAAAAAAUCCGAGCUGAGAGUGCCCGGUUUUGAAGAUUUUUACAUCUGGCAUCCUGGACGACCGAAUCCAAACGAUACCAACGGUCAGCCUCUCGCACCGUGCAACUGGGUUAGCUUUUUCCGCGGCAGUGCCUGGCAGUGGAGCAAGACACGCAAGGAGUAUUACCUGCAUCAAUUCUCGGUGAAGCAACCGGAUCUAAACUACCGCAAUCCAGCCGUGGUGGAAGCAAUGAAAGACGUAAUGCGAUUUUGGCUGGGACGCGGCGUAGCAGGGUUUCGCAUUGAUGCGGUGCCGACCUUGUUCGAAGUAGCGCCUGAUGCCGAUGGCCAGUACCCGGAUGAGCCGCUGAGUGGAAACACCAAUGACCCGGACGACCCUGGCUAUCUGGUGCACAUCUAUACACAGGAUCGAAACGAAACGCUUGAUAUGGUUUAUCAGUGGCGUGCCGUUCUGGACGAGUUCCAGCAGCAAUACGGCGUACGGGAACGUAUUAUUAUGGCGGAAACAUACUCGCCUAUUGAUAUCGUUAUGAAGUAUUACGGCAAUGAAACCGUGCCUGGAGCACAAAUUCCGUUCAAUUUUCAUUUCAUAACCGAUCUCAGUAAAGAUUCUACGGCACAGGAUUUUCUGAAUACUAUCAACUACUGGAUCGACCAUAUGCCUCCGAUGGACUCUGUCGUUCCAAAUUGGGUGCUUGGAAACCACGACCAACACCGUGUAGCUAGUCGAUUUGGCGAAGAUAUGAUAGAUUCCAUGAAUAUGAUUAUGCUUUCGCUGCCGGGUGUUGCCGUUACUUACAAUGUACGCAUUAACAGAUAUGUGCCAUCAGCUCGAAACCAAAGCAUCUAAAACUGCAUAUACUUUUAGGGUGAAGAGAUAGGUAUGGACGACGUAUGGAUAUCGUACAAUGACACUGUAGAUCCAGCGGCUUGUAAUGCGGGCCCAGAUCGUUACCAAUAUACUACACGCGAUCCGGAGCGGACACCUUUCCAGUGGGAUUCGUCUAAGAAUGCUGGCUUCUCGACAGCAAACCAUACAUGGCUCCCAGUUUCACCGAACUACACACUAGUGAAUGUAGAAAAGCAGCUUGUAGAAUAUGAACAUAGCCACCUUCACGUUUAUCGUAGUUUGGUUAGAAUGAAGCAGAUAGUUUCAUAUAUUCCGCAUACCUUAGCCACAUUUGUGCAAGAGAAUGUACUAAUCAUCUUGCGGCAGGCCAAUAUAGGUGGUACGUUAAGCUCUGUCUACACAAUUGCAAACAUUGGAAAUCAGCAGACAACAAUCAAUCUUACUCUGUAUGAACCGUCCCUGAAAGUAGGCUUGCUUGCGAUUUUGAGUGUCAAUUCUGUUCAUGAGAAAAAUGAACCAGUGCUAAUGGAUAGCAUAGUUGUGGGACCGAAGGAAUCGUUCGUUCUAGUGGCAUACCAUAUUCAGCCGGAAGUUGUACAAAUCUAGUAAAUGGCUCAUUGUUUUAAACAGCAUUGGCAUACCUUUACUCUUUCGGAUUAUCAUUAGCUUGCUAGACUCGUUCAUUUUGAAUCGCUGAUAUAUAUAUUUUUUAUUCGCGCAUUUCAUUACAUAGGUUAGUAAUGAGAAAAAUAAAGAAACGGCACCACGUGUACCGUCUUUCCUCGAAACGUCGAAUAAAUAAUGUGAAUAAGUAAAGUAAAAA